CUGCUGUCUCUCCUUCCAGGGAUGCCCGAUGGAACCCUGAAUGCUGUGUGCACAGAGGAAACAGGCAGCGAGGAGGACCUGUACGAAGAGCUUCACACGCCUGGCCACCACUACAGCCACCGUGGAGGAGGCGGAGAACAGCUGGCCAUCAAUGAGCUCAUCAGUGAUGGCAAUGUGGUGUGUGCUGAAGCUCUGUGGGACCAUGUUACCAUGGAUGACCAGGAGCUGGGCUUCAAAGCUGGGGAUGUCAUCGAAGUGAUGGAUGCCACCAACAGAGAAUGGUGGUGGGGCCGCGUCGCAGAUGGCGAGGGGUGGUUCCCUGCCAGCUUUGUACGGCUGCGAGUGAACCAGGAUGAGCCCGCGGAUGACUACGAAGCCCCGCGGGUCGGGGCUGGGGAGACCAAUGCCAGCGUUCCAGAGGCCCCGAGCUGCAAGGACCAGAUGCGCACCAACGUCAUCAAUGAGAUCCUCAGCACCGAGAGGGACUACAUCAAGCACCUUCGGGACAUCUGUGAGGGCUAUGUCCGCCAGUGCCGCAAGAGGGAGGAUAUGUUCAGCGAAGAGCAGCUGCGCACCAUCUUCGGGAACAUCGAGGACAUCUACCGUUGCCAAAAGGCAUUUGUGAAGGCUUUGGAGCAGAAGUUCAACACAGAGCGGCCACACCUGAGCGAGCUGGGUGCCUGCUUUCUGGAACACCAAGCCGACUUCCAGAUCUAUUCUGAGUACUGCAACAACCACCCCAAUGCCUGCGUGGAGCUCUCCCGCCUCACCAAGCUCAGCAAGUACGUGUACUUCUUUGAGGCCUGCCGGCUGCUGCAAAGAAUGAUUGACAUCUCCCUGGAUGGCUUUCUGUUGACCCCAGUGCAGAAGAUCUGCAAGUAUCCCCUCCAGUUGGCGGAGCUGCUCAAGUACACACCGCCUCAGCACAGGGACUUUAAGAACGUCGAAGCUGCCUUGCAUGCCAUGAAGAACGUGGCCCAGCUCAUCAAUGAACGGAAACGGAGACUUGAGAACAUCGACAAGAUUGCUCAGUGGCAGAGCUCCAUAGAGGACUGGGAGGGGGAAGAUCUCCUGGUCAGGAGCUCAGAACUCAUCUACUCGGGGGAGCUGACCCGUGUCACACAGCCUCAAGCCAAGAGUCAGCAGAGAAUGUUUUUUCUCUUUGACCGUCAGCUCAUCUACUGUAAAAAGGAUCUGCUGCGCCGGGACGUGCUGUACUACAAAGGCCGGCUGGACAUGGACGACCUGGUGGUGGUAGAUGUGGAAGACGGGAAGGACCGAGACCUCCACGUGAGCGUCAAGAACGCCUUCCGUCUGUAUUGUGGUGCCACGGGGGACAGCCACUUACUGUGUGCCAGGAAACUGGAACAGAAGCAGCGCUGGCUGAAAGCCUUUGCCAGGGAGAGGGAGCAGGUGCGGCUGGACCAGGAGACAGGCUUCUCCAUCACUGAGGUGCAGAGGAAGCAGGCCAUGCUGAAUGCCAGCAAGCAGCAGGCCACAGGAAAGCCUAAAGCUGUCGGCAGGCCAAGCUACCUGACCCGACACAAGCAUCCAGCAUUGCUUACCAGCCAGCCCCAGCAGGUGUUGGUGCUAGCAGAACCCAGGCGGAAGCCAUCUAACUUCUGGCAGAGCAUCAGCCGACUGGCGCCCUUCCGCAAGUGAGGCAGCACCCAGCAGACAACCUGACGGCACUUUGUGGACCGGGCCUUCCCUCUCUGAGGCCUACUCUGUUC